CUGUUUUAUUUAGGUCUCAUUUCGUUUUCUUGUUCGAGUUUCAGUAGAUAAGGCGGGAUCUUCUGUACCUGUCUUUAACCUCUAAACAUUAUAGCUUGAAUUUUUUCAACGAGCAACCAAUUUUGUAGCUCAUCUCAAGUAUUUAGCCGAUGACUUCAGCAAUGAUGGCUGUUUCUCCCAGUAAUUUUGCUACAAUUAGAGAAUUAAAAGGUCAAAGUCAUACUGGAUUAAAAAUGAACACAAGAACGAAUCAAGUUUAUUUCAAUACUGGUCGUGUGAUCAAGAUACAGUCGUCUAGAUUUGUUAUUAAAGCUAGUAAUGAGAAAGAAGCAUCACUGAAGAAACUUGGAUUAACUGAUGCGGAAUGUGAAGCGGCUGUUGUAGCAGGGAAUGCUCCUGAUGCACCACCUGUCCCACCCAAACCGGCAGCACCGGCUGGAACUCCAUUGGUUUCAUUACUUCCUCUUAACAAGCGUCCUCGCCGUAACCGAAAGUCACCUGUGCUGAGAGCAUCAUUCCAAGAGACACAUCUAAGUCCUGCCAAUUUUGUAUAUCCACUAUUUAUUCAUGAAGGUCAAGAGGAUACUCCAAUAGGAGCUAUGCCUGGAUGUUAUAGACUUGGUUGGAGACAUGGUCUUCUGGAAGAGGUUUCUAAGGCCCGGGAUGUUGGUGUCAACAGUAUCGUGCUUUUUCCCAAAGUGCCUGAUGCAUUGAAGACACCUACAGGAGAUGAAUCAUACAAUGAGAAUGGGCUGGUGCCUCGAGCGAUACGGUUACUAAAAGACAAAUUCCCUGUUCUUGUUAUUUAUACUGAUGUAGCUUUGGACCCUUAUUCUUCUGAUGGGCAUGAUGGCAUUGUCAGAGAAGAUGGAGUGAUUAUGAAUGAUGAAACAGUUCACCAGUUAUGCAAACUAGCUGUUGCUCAGGCUCGAGCAGGAGCUGACGUGGUCAGUCCCAGUGACAUGAUGGAUGGUCGAGUGGGAGCACUCCGACAAGCUUUGGCCUGUGCAGGUUUUCCAGAUGUGUCUAUCAUGUCCUAUGCGGCUAAGUAUGCAAGCGCAUUUUAUGGUCCAUUCCGCGAGGCAUUGGACUCAAAUCCACGAUUUGGAGACAAGAAAACGUACGUGACUCGGGAGAAUAUUUAUGUAUCUUCAAAUAUACGGAUCCCUUGACUUAAAGUUCCUCACCAGAUUUUAUACUUAAUUUCUCCGCCAUCAAAUUUACCAAAUGCUCGUGCUGAUGAGGCUGAGGGAGCUGAUAUCCUUCUUGUGAAACCUGGUCUUCCAUACUUGGAUAUUGUACGACUUCUCCGUGAUAGCUCCCCUCUACCAAUUGCUGCAUAUCAGGUUUUAGGUGAGUAUUCCAUCAUCAAGGCUGGUGGGGUUCUGAAAAUGAUAGAUGAAGAAAAAGUGAUGAUGGAAUCACUGAUGUGUCUCCGACGCGCUGGUGCUGACAUUAUUCUUACAUAUUUUGCUCUACAAGCUGCUAGAUGUUUAUGUGGUGAGAAGAGAUAGCAUUUUCUCUGCAUUAGAAAGCGGCUGUAAUUGCGAGUUUUAGAGUACAGUUUUGGAUAAGCCUGUAACUUACAUGAGUUCAACCAUGUACCAUAUCAUCAUAAUUUUAGAUUGAAUAAGAUGGUCAAAAAGCUGUUA